GUGAAAUUCAGCAGAUCCAUAAAAAAAACUUCUUACCAUCAUUAGAUCUCUGUAAUUAAACCCUAACUACAUCUUCAAUCAAAGGGAUAUUAGAUUUUAGAUUAUAUAAUUAAUUUCAAAUGGAAUCAUUGGGGGACGACGCUGCCACGGCGGUGGCGCCGAUUGCGAAGUGGAAGAACGAUUUCUCGAGGACAUUUCAGUACUAUUUGGAUCGUUCCACGCCACAUCUCGCCGAAAGGUGGCUUGGAACUCUUGCCGUUGCAGCCAUUUACGUUCUACGCGUUUACGUCCUGCGAGGCUUUUACAUCGUAUCCUAUGGCCUCGGAAUUUACAUCUUGAAUCUGUUAAUUGGUUUCUUGUCGCCUAAGGUUGAUCCUGAACUCGAGGUGUUGGAUGGAGCCUCAUUGCCUACUAAAGACUCCGAUGAAUUCAAGCCUUUCAUCCGCCGGCUUCCUGAGUUCAAGUUUUGGUACUCCAUUACAAAGGCUCUCUGCAUGGCCUUCUUGAUGACCUUCUUUUCUGUAUUUGAUGUUCCUGUAUUUUGGCCCAUAUUACUCUGCUACUGGAUUGUUCUGUUUGUCCUCACGAUGAAGCGUCAGCUAAUGCACAUGAUCAAGUAUAAAUACGUCCCGUUCAGCAUGGGGAAGCAGAGGUACACUGGGAAGAAAACCACUGCCAGGGGCUUAGGUUCUACGAUGGACUGAAAGUUGGAGCCUUUCCAACUUUCAUGCUUUUAGAUUCUAGAAGGAAGCGUUGUCAGUCACGUAUAUAUGUUGGGGAUUCUGUUUUAAUUCGCUAUGCAUGGCCGACUUUGUACCAAAAUUUAUUUGUAUUUUCCUUUUUCUUUUUCUUUUAAGCUUCUUGCAAUGUAAUUACGGUUUUGGUCGUACAAAUUUCAAAAUAAAGAAAUCAAUGGCUGCUUUCCCCUGCA